AUGCUUCUGCCUCAGCACGCCUCCAGGGACGGCUGGGUGGUCUCACCGGUGAGAAUGCUUCCCUGCAACGAACCCGAAAGGAAAACCUACGUGGCAGGAGACCAGGGGCUUUGGGACCAAUUACCAAACAAGUCUUGGGCCAGAAAAAUCUCACGAUGGCUUCGCUUUGGCAUUCCCUCCCGACGCCCGGGGACAACCCCCUCUUGGCCACGGGGUCAAGCCUGCUCCAAAUGGCCCGGUCCAGACUAA